AUAUAAAAUGCUAUUUUAAUUGUUUGUUAAAUUAUCUUUAUUUCUAAAAAUUAUGUUUAUAUAAUUAAUUAUUAUUAAACUAUUAAAUUAUCUUUAAAUUAUUUUUCUUAUUGUAAAGCUAGUUUUUAAAAGUAAUUAUUUUCAUGUUGAAUUAAUAAUCUGCAAUCAAAUUAUAAAUAAUGGAUGAUUUGAUUGAUGAUAUUAUGCAUAUUAUCCACAAAUGUCAUCCUACUGAAUCGAUGAAAUUAAAAAAACGAUGCAAAAAAACAAUUCCAAGCAAUUCAUCUUUAAAGGAAAUACAGUAUGAUAUAGAACAAUUACUUGCAAAUAAAACGUGUAACGCAGGUGGUGUUGAAUAUAGUAAUUUAAAUAAAAUGAUGGCAUGUUGUAAUUUGAAGGCAGGAGAAGAAGUCAAAGCUAUAUAUAAUCUUUCUGAAUCACAUGCAAUAUUUUUUCGACAACAAAUUACACAUAGAUUUUUGAAAAAUAAAAUGCGUGAAAGAAUUCUAUGCACCCCUCAAAUAUAUGGACUCAAAUUUGAAUAUAUAAAACUUCAUGCUCAAUAUCCAGAACCUGAGACAGCUUUACUAUCUAAUCUUGUAAAUCUUCCAGAAGAGUGGUAUAUUGUACAAGUCACAGCACAAUUUGAGGACUCUGUGUAUUUACAGUACAAUAAAAAUACUUGUCAUUCUAUGCAUGCUCUACACAUUACUAUUCUUCCAACUGGAAAUAGUAUUUUAAAACCACUUUGUAUAACUUUACCAAAGCCACAGACCCAUACUAUGUACGAUAUAUGCAAUGAAAUUCGAGAGAUUUUAGGUAAUAAUAAAUCAGAUUUAACAGCAACAUAUGCAAAUAAAGAAUUAUAUUGGAAAAUGCGCCUGAAGCAAGACAAUAAAAUGAAGACAGCAGUUCAUGAAUUAGAAUUCACAUGGUUACGUGAAUGGAGAAUACUUUUUAUGGCAGAUUUCAUUGACAACCUGGAUGUUGUAGCAGAUAUGGAAUUAAUAAUUGAUAAAUUAAUAGCAGAUUGUACAUCUUGUGAUUAUAUAUGCCCUCGUACUAAGUGGUUACUAAAAAAGAUAAGCUUGGGUGCAUGUUUUUUGACAAGAGAAGAAAUAGCACGAGCUGUUAAAUACGUUCUAUGCAAUCACGAAAAACUGGCAGAAAACGUGAUACUUUCAAUUUAUGGAAAAUUAUUAGACUUACAGAUAUUACGAAAUGCAAAGAGAAAAACUUUGGUUUUAAUUAUAGAUGAACAUAUGGAUUUUUUACCAUUUGAGUCCAUAGAAAUCCUUAAAAAUAAUCCUGUUACGCGAUUUUCUUCCAUUUAUGUAGCAUAUGCAUUAUUUAAACAACAUGAGAAUACAAUAAAGGAUGGAUGUAAAAUAAUUAAAGCAAAAGAUAAUCUUGGUACAUGUAUAGUUAAUCCUUCUGGUGAUUUAUAUAAAAUGGAAAAACGUUUAGAAUUAUUUAUAAAUUAUUGGUUAACAAAUUGGAAAAGCUUAUACAAUACAAAGCCAGAAGAAGGCAUAUUUGAAGAUGCCUUGGUUAAUUAUGAUAUUCUCAUGUAUAAUGGUCAUGGAAGUGGUAUACAAUAUUUACCUGGAGAGCAUAUAGAAAAACUCAAGGUAAAGGCAAUCGUGUUAUUAUUUGGAUGCAAUAGUAUCAGAAUGACCCCUGUAGGUGGACGUUUUCCCCCUUAUGGUAUAACCAAUCAAUAUUUAAUCGCUAGCAGUCCAUGUGUUUUGGGCAUGCAAUGGGAAGUAACGGAUAGCGAUAUUGAUAAAAUGACAGCAAGUUUUAUUAGCACUUGGAUUCCAUCAUCCGCCGAACGAUCAUGGUCUCAUGUAGAUAUUGAUGCAUGGUGUCAAGGCAAUUUUAGAUUUUUAAAAGAUUCUCAGAAAAAAAUGGCUAAGGUAACAAGGGAACCUGAGAUGUUGAGAGCAAUAUCAAAAUCAAAAGAAGCAUGCUCACUAUACAUGACAGCAGCUUCAAUAGUUACACGUGGUUUGCCAAUAAAGCUUGAAUAA